CCGAGGCUUGACUUGGUCCGACGUGGUUUGGUCAAGUCGCAACGCGCAAUCCCUCCUCCCUCGCCUCCAUCUCGUCAUCUCCCCAACCCUCCAAACCCUAGAGACGCGCCGCCGCCGCCGCCGCACCACCGACACCCGGAGCGAGAUGAGGCCGCGCGGCAGGGGCGACGACGUCGACGACGACGAUGAUGAGGACGAGUACGAGGACAUCACGCCGCCGCGGAGUACGCCGGAGCCCGAGCCCGAGGCCGACCCCGCCCCCGCCCCCGCGCCCUCUCCCGCCCCUGCGCCGCCGCAGCCCGCGCGGGCCCCGCUCAGCAGCCUCGUUGUCAAGCCGCUCUCGCCGCAGGAGAACGGCGGCGGGUCGUCCCCACCCUCUCCCGCCGCCCGCGCGGCCCGCUCGCCCUCGCCCGGGGGCGGCGGCAGCUACCGCGCCCGCGGGGCCUCGCCCCCGCGGCACCGGCGGGAAUUCUCGCCGCCGCGCCUCCGAGGCUGGGAGAGGCGCCGUUCGCCGCCGCCGCCGGAGAGGCGGCGUCCUGGGAGCCCCCCGCCCCAGCGCCGCCGCUUCAGCCCCCCGCCCCGGUUCCAGCCUCCGCGGCACCCGCGCUUCCACAACGAGCAGCCAGGAUAUGGAAUGCACAGAGGCCCUUCACCACCACGCCCACGCAGACCAGAAGCUAGCAAAUUUGAUGAUGCUGUUGGUCCACGUUACACCCAUGGUUAUCAAGGGGGUGGUAGAGGAAGUGCGAGGUUCCGAGAGGGUUCUCCGCCAUACGGAAGAGGAGGCAGAUCUUACGGGAGAGGCUUUGGUGCUCCUCCUGGAAAAGAUUUCAUUAAUAUUGAUGGAGAAUAUGUUCACAGGAAUGAUCCAAAUUUGUCACCAAGAGAAGGUGAUUGGAUAUGCCAGAAUCCAAAUUGUGGAAAUCUCAAUUUUGCUCGGCGCACUCACUGUAACAACUGCAACAAGUUCCGCUAUUCAGCACGUGAAGCAUAUGAACCUAGGCGCAGCCCUCCAAGGGGUUACCCUAGUCCUCCACGAGGGCCUCCAAGGAUGGUUGGUCCACCUGGUGAUCGAGCCCCCCCAAGAGAGAUGUCCAGGUACAGAUCACCACCUCAAGGCUGGGGUGUGGGUGAUCCUAGGGGAUAUGCAGCUCGAUCCCCUCCGGAACGCCCAGUACGGUUCACAGAUCCAUCACCUAAGGAAAGAAUGGGCUUCCGUGGUGAGCGUGACCUGAGGGACCGUGCAAAGUUUGAGUGGUCUGACACUGAUGACUACGGCCGGAGGGAGCGCCCGCACGAUGAUUAUCUUGACAGAAGUAGGCGUCGCUCAGGGUCUCCUCGGGCUAACUGGGGGAAUGAUCUGCGUGACAGAAGCCGCACCCCUCCACGGAACAGGCUGAUGAAGAGUUCCUUCACUGGCAGGGGUCGACCAGAAGACUAUGCUGGUGAUCCAUAUGCAAGCCGAGGGAGACCCAACAGUAUGGAGGCUGGCCGGGGGCGUGGGCAUGGUUACAGACCAGGAGGUGGUCCAUACCCCAGUGAGGGUAGAGGUGACCGACGCCCUGCUCCGCGUGGUAGGAAUGAAGAUAACUACUAGAUCAUCAAGACAAAGCAGUUGGGCGAUGCAUUUGGGCUUUAGUUGGUCCGGAGAGGAAAACCUAGUCAAGCUGGUGGUUGAGAAUGUCUGCAGCCUGUAAUAUUAAAGAUUCUGUAAUGUGUCCUGAACCGUGGUAACUGUUGCUCGAUGCUGUGAGGUUACAAUUGACUUCUGUGACUAGACGCAUGUUGAGCUACUUCCUACUUGGGCUGCUUAGUGAUGGCAAUUGAUUAUUUGAUUCUCCUUU